AUGGCACUGUUGUACAAGUACAAAAUGGAAUGGGUGACUCUUCCGUACAGAGGAAACUUAGAUUGCAGCCUGACUGGUGAUUUAUCAGAAACACUUUUGGCGUGCAUGGUAAAAGAAAUAAUGGGAAAUGUGGUUGUGAAAGAUGAAAGCCUAAAUAUAUAUCUAGAGAUUAUGCAGAAGUGGGCUAGGGCCACCACUUCCUGUACGAAAUAA